AUGAAACCACAUAUGGGAGGGUCCGCUUUUGCGGUACUAGCUUUAUGGCUAGCCUCAGACUCUGCAGUAGCCGGUCCGGACCCAGAACCAGUUGCGGUGGCUGCAGCCGCUGCAACCACAACUCUGGCUCUGCGGGCCAUGGAAUAUAAGGGCUGCUAUAAUAGCUCAGAUGGCUUGACUGACUAUGGGCCUUACACAUGGCAGAGUUCGGGAUGGUGCCAAAAAGUCUGUGUCGAAAGGAAUUUCAAGGUCUUAGGCCUGUGGAAAGGAUCAGACUGUUUCUGCGGGGAUGUCGUACCUCCAGAUUCGGCAUUGGUGGACGAUAGCCAGUGCAACUCUGGGUGUUACGGGAUUGACACACAAAUGUGUGGUGGGAAAACCGCGUACGGCGUCUUUCUCACUGGACUUGAUCCUGACCCACCGACCUAUUCGUCCACUGUCGCAUCGUCUACCACUACCACUUCUACUACCACUUCUACUUCCACCUCUCAGUCUCCCACAAGCGCUGAAACCACCCACGCCGUCACGAAACCCGGCGGUGAAACUAUUAUAGUCACGGAACCCGUGACCUCGGUGCCUAACAAAAAGGGCGGUGGAUCGAAUACCGCUGCCAUUGCAGCAGGUGUCGUUGUUGGGGUUGUUGGGCUUUGUGCAAUAGUCGGAGCUCUCUUCUUUGUUUACCGCUACAAGAAACGCAAGGCUGUUGAAGAGGAAUAUCGCCGCAAUGCAAUGAUGAACAACUAUCCCAAGUCCGCACCGGAUUUUGCAACGAACGACUCGAGGUUUGACCGGGAAUUCUUGGCUCAAAGACGACAAAGUAAUGGCAGUAUCGACGAUGAUCAAGACUUCUCUCGCAGGAUCUUGCAGGUAACAAACCCUGAUCGGUAA